AUGCUUCAUAUCUCAUUACUCAAACAAGCACAAUCUGAGCAUUUUCUUUGUUUCUUCCAGUGGCUUUCAAAUCUGUGGGUUGCAGCCAUCCCGCUGAUGGAUGAAGAACUCAAUGAUUCUGAUAUAUCAUUAGAUGAUUCAGUACAUUCAGGUGAAAACGAUGAACUUGUGAAUUUGUUAGAUGUUCCAUAUACCACUACUGAGUCGCGUGAAGAGGAUUCCCUAGAAUAUGAGAUAUUACAUCCCAACCAAUUAUCACAGUUGAUGUCUGAUAUUACCAAAGAAGUUGAACAAAUAAUUCAGAUUCCUCCGACUUAUUUACGACUAUUACUUGCUCAUUUUAAAUGGGAUAAAGAUGCAUUGAUGGAAUUUUAUUUUGAACAUGGAAAAGCAGAUACAUUUGCUCAAACAGGUAUUUUAGACCCUAUGGAUAUCCCAGUGACAGGAUCAAGGAAUUUGUGUGAAAAGAAAAACGAAAUCGUUUGUGAUAUAUGUUUCCUACCAACUACUCCAAGUCAAAUGUUUGGAUUGUCUUGCGCUCACUACUUUUGUUUAACUUGUUGGCAGCGUUAUCUUAAAAUUAAAAUAAUGGAAGAAAGUCAAAUUGACCGAAUUUAUUGUCCUUCAUCCAAUUGUCGUAUAAUUGUUGAAGAUGAGGUCGUGUUUCAAAUGAUUACUGAUCAAAAUGUACGCAAGCAUUUUCACAAGCUGAUAUCUAGUAGUUUUGUUCUCCAUAAUCGUGCAUUAACUUGGUGUCCAGGUGUUAACUGUGAACAUGCCGUGCGUUGCUUUGGUCCCCGAGAACCAUAUCAAAUCACUUGUACUAACUGUGGUGAAUGCUUUUGUUUUGCCUGUGGUCAACCAUGGCAUGAUCCAGUUCGCUGUGAACAGUUAAGAACAUGGAUUAAAAAGCUUGAAAAUGAUAGCGGUACGCUUGGCUGGAUUGCAGCUAACACUAAAGAGUGUCCAAAAUGUCGUGCAACUAUAGAAAAAAAUGGUGGUUGUAAUCACAUGACCUGUCGGAAUGUUGAUUGUAAGCAUGAAUUUUGUUGGAUGUGUCUAGAUCGAUGGGAGCCCCAUGGAUCACGAUGGUACACAUGCAAUCGUUAUGACGACUCCGCUGCUAAAUUGGCUAGAGAAGCUCAAGCUAGUUCAAGGUUAUCACUUGAUCGCUAUCUUUUUUAUUCAAAUCGUUAUUUAAAUCAUAUGCAGUCGUUGAGGUUUGAGGCACGUUUAUAUGAAACAGUGCAAAGUAAAAUGGAAUCAAUGCAAGCUCAUGGAACAUCUUGGAUAGAUGUUAAAUUUUUCAAAAAAUUAGUUGAAAUUCUUUGUCGCUGUCGAAGAACACUCAUGUAUACUUAUGCUUUUGCUUAUUUCCUAAAAAAAAACAAUCAUUCAUUAAUAUUUGAAAGUAAUCAAAGUGAUUUAGAACAAUCUACAGAACAGUUAUCGGAAUAUCUAGAUCGUGAUUUAUCUAAUAUCAAUUUAAAUGAAUUAAAACAGAAAAUGCAAGAUAAAGCCAGAUAUUGUGAAAGUCGCCGAAAUGUCCUUUUAGAUCACGUACAUGAAGGUUAUGAUAAAGGAUUUUGGGAGCAAUCUGACACUUGUUAG